CUCCAUAUUUUACACACUUACUCUGCAUUUCCAAAUCAAAUUUCAUAACAAAAAGAGAGUCUAAGAGGGAACACCAACAUCAAAUUUUAAUUUAAGGCCCACUCUUUUUCCCAUUUUCUUUCUUUUUCUUACCACAAUACCUAAUAAUUUUCAUUUUUCACCUCAAAAAGCUUUCCACUAUUCACUAUUUCCAUUCAAAAGCUCAAAUGCUUCAUCAAGAUUCCAACUUUAUUUACUUGAAUUCAAAAUUUUGUUAACAUUUUCCUCUAAUUUAAACUUGGUUUAAGAAAAGAUUAAAUCUUUGAAGAUGGGUACUUCAUUUAGGGAAGGAGAUGGUUUAAGCUUAACUGAGUCAAGUAGGUUAGGGACUGAGUCAGUUACUGAGUCUGUUGCAGAGUGUAGAAGAAGUAAGGAGAGUUGCUCUGACGGUUGUGAAGGUGAAGUUAAGUUGGGGAAGAAAUCAAUUUCUUCUUCUUCUAAUUUUUUGGGUUGGCCUAUUACAAAAGCUGCAAUUCCUAAACCAACUACUUCUGCUGUUUCUGGGUUAAGUAAGCCUGUUUUGAUUCAUGAUUUGGAGCUUAAGAAGCAUAAUUUGAACAUUUCUGAAAUGGAAAUGAUGAAAGAGAGAUUUGCUAAGCUAUUGCUUGGAGAGGAUAUGUCAGGAAGUGGAAAAGGGGUAUCCACUGCUCUAGCUGUUUCUAAUGCCAUCACUAAUUUAAGUGCAACAAUAUUUGGACAGUUAUGGAGGCUCGAGCCAUUGCCCAUGGAGAAGAAAUCGAUGUGGCGAAGAGAGAUGGAAUGGCUUCUUUGUGUUGGUGAUCACAUUGUUGAGUUAAUUCCAACUUGGCAGACAUUUCCUGAUGGCAAAAAGCUUGAGGUAAUGACUUGCAGACCCCGGACAGAUAUUUUUAUUAAUCUUCCCGCUCUUCGUAAACUCGACAAAAUGCUCAUUGAUAUACUAGAUAGUUUUAGCAAGACCGAGUUUUGGUAUGUUGAUCAAGGAAUAGUAGCCUCGGAUUGUGAUGGUUCAUCGUCAUUCCGAAAAACUUUACAUAGGCAAGAGGAGAAGUGGUGGCUACCAGUGCCGCGGGUUGCUUCUAGCGGUCUUCAAGAGAGUUAUAGGAAGCAACUUGAUCACAAGCGUGAAUGCACGCAUCAAAUACUUAAAGCCGCUAUGUCUAUCAACAACAUGGUUUUAGCCGAAAUGGAAGUUCCCGAGUCCUACAUUGAAACCCUUUCAAAGAAUGGAAGAGCAUGCUUAGGAGACAUGAUUUAUCGGUACAUCACAUCAGACCACUUCUCUCCCGAAUGCUUGCUUGAUUGCUUGGACCUAGCAACGGAGCAUGUUGCUCUUGAGAUAGCAAAUCGUGUGGAAGCAUCAAUCUACGUUUGGCGGCGUAGACAACACUCAAAACCCAUCACUAAUCCCAUCCGUUCCACCUCAAAAUCGUCAUGGGAAAUUGUUAGAGAUCUAAUGGUUGAUGGAGACAAACGAGAAAUCUUUGCCGAGAGGGCUGAAAGGUUACUUUUAUGCUUGAAGCAACGCUUCCCUGGACUCACUCAAACUUCUUUAGACACCAGUAAAAUCCAGUGCAACAAGGAUAUAGGGAAAUCCAUCCUCGAAAGCUACUCGAGAGUUCUAGAGAGCUUAGCCUUCAACAUUCUAGCGCGCAUAGACGAUCUAUUAUAUGUUGACGACUUAACCAAACAAACUGAUAAGUUAUCCACUGCACCUAACAUGAGUGUCAUGGCUCACAAAAAGGUCUCCAUACCGCAGUCAGUGCCUGUCUCAUGCACUCCGAGCUUUAAAACUGCACUGCUGGUUAGCCCUGCAAGGGUAAUAGAGCGAACUCCUUCAGUCAACCGAGAGAUUUGUAAGGCUUCUAAACGCGGUCUAGGAGUUAAGCGAGUACUCACGAACUACUUAGGUGGUGAGACGAAGUCAAAGAGUAGUGCAAACCAAUUAGCAGCUGCACCUACUGCGUCAACCAAGACUAGCAUUGACUCACCUGCAUCUCAUGAUGAUACUGAGAAUGUUGAUCCUCAAAGAGUGUCAAUUACCCAGUAGAAAUCGAGUAGAUUUCGAUGAAUUUACGUUUUGAUAAUAAGGUUCCACAAGAGUUCAUUGCUAAAUGACAUAGUGAUUAUAGUUUAGAACAGUCCUAUUUUUUUCUUCUUUUAGCGUUUUGUGUGUUAUUGUUGUUUGCUUUGGAAUUAUUUAUUCAAUACAUUUGUAUCUUUGUAGAGUUGAUACAGAGAAUAUAAAUGAUUGGACAUUGUCCAAUAAUACCCCUCCGGCUCGUCUCUCUCAACUUGCAUCAUUUGAUGUUUUGAAUUGUUUCACUCUUAUUACAACAUUUUUAUAUUUGGAAAUAAAUUCAC